AUCAACAACUACAAUCCAGUUCAUUUCGAUAUAAACUUCGAAAACUCUAAAUUUUUCGUGAUAAAAUGUUCUAACAAAGACGCGAUACGCAGAUCAAUCCGACAUUCACUUUGGUCGAGCACUCUGUACGGAGGUCAGAGAUUGGACAAAGCUUUCAAAGAAGUCACUCAAAAUGGCGGCAAAUUAUUUUUGUUUUUUAGCCCGAACGGAAGCGGAAAAUUCUGUGGCAUCUCUCAAAUGACGUCAUCAGUUGAUUACACCACUCCCGUCCUAUUUCUUGCCGAAGUCAAAUGGAAAGGACAGUUUUCUGUUGAAUGGAUUUACGUCAAAGACGUGCCGAACGAUCAGUUGAGACACAUUCGCUUAAAUAACAACAAAAAUAAACCUGUCACUAAUUCAAGAGACACGCAAGAGAUACCGUACGCUGAAGGCUUGCAGGUCUUCAAAAUUAUACAACAAUACCCCUACCUCGGCUGUGUUUUCGAUGAA